GUGAAAACGACGCGAAACGUUAACAUAUAACCUAAAUAAAGUUUCCAAAUAUUAGUUCUAGACGGUAAUUUUUUGUAAUUUUCUUAUAUAAAAAAUGGCUUUAACAAAACCAAAAUCAGAAAUGACAGCGGAAGAGCUCGCGUUACGUGAAGAAGAGGAAUUCAACACCGGUCCGUUAUCGGUGUUAACACAAUCCGUAAAAAAUAACACUCAAGUACUAAUAAAUUGUAGAAACAACAGUAAACUUCUUGGUAGAGUCAAAGCGUUCGAUAGACAUUGCAAUAUGGUAUUGGAAAGCGUUAAAGAAAUGUGGACCGAACUACCGAGACCAACUAAAGGUCGUAAGAAGAAAAAUGUAAAUAAAGACAGGUAUAUCCCGAAGAUGUUUUUGAGAGGAGAUUCCGUAAUUUUAGUCGUAAGAAACCCACAGGCUACGCAGUCUUCAUAAUCAACAAUAAGGUUUACUUGAAACACAUGUUCAAUUUCUUUUUUCAAAUAUAAAAUGAAAAAAAAAAA